AUGUCAGUGCUGCGAGCUCAGGAUCAGAAGCAGGUGGCCGAAUUGGCCGAGCAGUUCAAUCAAUUCUAUCUCCAAAUCACUCUGCCGCAUGUAUCACAAAUCGGAAACUAUAGAAUCAUCGAAGAAAUCGGAGAAGGAGCUUUCGGCAAGGUUUACUUGGCUCAGCAUCUAAUUCUUAACACUCUGGUGGUGCUAAAGUGUGGAGCUGUUGAUGACCCUAACAUUGUCAGAGAGAUCUAUUACCACCGCCAGCUUCGACACAAGAAUAUCGUCAAAUUGUAUGAGGUGAUCAAGACAGAAACCCACUUGUGGAUGGCUCUCGAGUACUGCGAGGGUCUGGAGCUUUUUUACUACAUCUACGAGAAGAGACGUUUGAACAUCGACGUGUGUAGGCACUUGUUUUAUCAAAUCGUUGACGGAAUCAAGUACGUGCAUUCGCUCAACCUUUCCCAUCGGGACUUAAAGUUGGAGAACAUUUUGUUGGCUGACAAGCGGAAAACUGUGAUCAAGCUCACAGACUUUGGAUUUGUGCGUGAAUUUAACCCUAACAAACGUCAGUUCCUCUCCACAGUUUGUGGUACAACUGCUUAUAUGGCACCAGAAGUUUUGAAGAACGAGAAGUAUUCCGGUUUUGCUGUGGAUAUCUGGUCCUUGGGCGUGAUUUUGUAUGCCAUGGUUUAUGGUGAGCUUCCAUUCGACGAAGAUGACGAUCUUAGGAACAAGUACAAGAUUAUCAACGAAGAGCCCGUGUACAACGAUACUGUGGCUCCAGACAUCAUUCAUCUACUAAAACGCAUGCUUAACAAGGAUCCAUGGGUACGGCCCAGUCUCACCGAGAUCUUCAACUCGACAUUUUUGAUCGACAUCACCAACAAGAAACUGGAGCAGCGCAACUCCGUCUACAACGAUGCAGAGUCCAUCAUCUCCAUCAGCCAACACUACAAGAUGAACGCCAUGCCGUUUCUGUCCAAGACUGAGAAGCAUCUUCUCAAGAAAAUGCAGAAGAUGAAUGUGGAUUUGGACUCCUUACAAACGGCGGUGUUCAGUGGACAGACGAACUCGCUCACGGCGUUCUAUGAAUUGGCCCUCACACAAGAAUUCAAGAAGAAGAAGGACCGCUACUUGAAGAAGAAGCGCUACUUUGAGGCCAAAAGGCUGUUGAAGAAGUCAAGGAACAGAGUCAGGAGCGCGUUGUCGUUGUCAGAACAAAACACAUCAGCGCCGCCUCUUGAGCGUAUCAUUUCCACACUCAGUUUGUCGUCUCGUCCAGAUCAUUCGGCCAGUCGUGUGAGCUUGAAUAGAAGAUCUACAGAAGAGCACCGAAAACCCCCUAGCAUUCGCAACUCCAAUCAGCCAUCGUCACGGAGAAUCUCACUGGUCGAUAGAACACCAAAUGAUUCGUACACAACAGACCAAGUGUCUGUGCCCUACAAGAGAGCGGUGUCAUUCUUCCCUGACGAGCGCAAAAGCAUUACCAAUCUUUCAUUCAGCAGUGAGCCAUCCAAGGGAAAGAGCAAGAAAUUCUUCAACAAACUCCAGUUCUGGCGAAAAACUAGAGCCGAGGAGAAACCACCGAGAUUCUUCAGACAGUCUCGCGAGUAUACUCUGUCAUCCGAGUCCUUCGAUAACCAGGACAAUGGAUUAGAAAUCACAGCUAAUAACAAAUCCCCCAGCCCACAUGUCGCCAACGAGAAGCUUGUGGUCGAGACCCAAGUGGACUCGAAUAAUAUUUGUGAGGUUCCGCCUCUGGACCACCCUCUAUUCCUCAGCAAUAAUCAUAGGCGUGAUGUAUCUGGAAACACCAUUCCCUCCGCCACCAGCAUGGAUACCCCACAAAUGCAAGUCUCUUCGAGCAAUGACAGCUACUUCCGUCGCACGCGUCCAGAGUCUGUUGUGUCGCAAAUCAGCCAGUACAGCCAAGGAAGCCAGUUAUACCCAAUGUCAGAAUCCGAAAUAGACAUGCUAGAUGCAACAGACAUCGAAGACGAAUAUUUGGACGACGAAGGUGUCUACGAAUCUUCCAUCAACACAUCUCACCACGAUCUUUCACAUCUCAAGGUCACCCAUCUUUCUCAGGGUCCUCCAAGCAAGAAAAAACGUUCACUAGGGCCACGCAGCCUGUCAGAUGGCCUGAUAAUAUCCCUCGGCAUGAUCAAAACCAAAAAGUAUUCGCUUUCACAAGUUUCAAGCAACUCUUCCGACGAGAGCAGUGCUCGUUCGAAGCUCAUUGACAGAUACUACGAUGACAGUGGUCCACCUACAAGACCUAUCUCUCCACGCACCAAGAUUUCGCGCAAGGGUCAUCCCAAGCUUCGUCCGCUGCGGUCGAUCAGCUCAACCAAAUCAUCGUCCAGUCAAACACAAGUUCUCAAUCCUCUGCCAAUUUUCCCUGCCAUUUCUCCUACCAAUGGUACUAUACCUAGGUCGCACUCACCACCCGUUUAUAAUAUGAGCAAGAUAGCCAACAAGGGGACAAAUUCCAUGAAUGGAAUUUUGGCACCCAAGAAAAGUGAAGCAAACGGCAACAUGCUUGCUAACGGCACUGCCAACGGAACUUCUAGCCCACUGUUUGAUACUGUGCAAGUUGAUAGUAGGGUAUGGAAGCGUGACAAUAUGAACGGGACUGGCACUCCGCGGCGGUUUGAGUUCAUCAACGAAGAAGAGGAGGAAGAUGAUGACGAGAAAUAG